CUGGGCAAGUUGUGUAACAGUUCCGCCCUUCUUGCCUUCGCGCUUUAAAGAGCAAGAUAACAACGAUAACGUGUUUACAUUCCUCGGACAUGUGCUGACUUUUUACUUUUUCUUUUCACUUUACGACGUCACUGUUUGGACCGCCGCCGGGACAUGGAGCUGGACCGGCGGCUGUUGCUGGCUCACUGUGCCGCCCACGCCCUCUCCAUGGCGGCGGGCCUGCUGCUGGUGGUGCCCAUGGCUCUCAACGGCUCCGCCUUCAAAGGCCGCUGCGCGCUCUUCUCCAGCGGCUACUGGAGCACCGAGCCCGGCCCGGACGCAGCAGAGACGGGGGAGGUGGCCCCGCACCUGCGGGUGCAGCAGUGGGGCCCACCCGCUGCCUGCCAGUUCGUUACUUUCGUGGGCAUUUUCACGGUCCUGUACGGGGCGGCGCAGGGCUGGAGGAGCCUCUUCUACCUCCACGGACGUCAUGACGAUACUUUGUUUUCCUCCUUCCUGACGGUGCUACUGAGCGUGUGUUUGUUCUUCCUGUCGGCCGGUGCCAGCGUCAUCUUGUCUCUAGGCCUGGCCUCUUGGUGUGACACGCUGACCGACAACAACACGCGGCCCUUCAGCUGUGCAGCUUCCCAGUCUGUGCCGCUUUACCUGGACGUGGACACCUCGUCCUUCUACACAGACCUCAGCUUGGCAGAGGCGUCCCUGUGGUGCGUGACCCUGCUGUGGUUGGUGCAGUCCGUCCUGGCCUUCUUGCGUCUUUACCACUCGCACAGUGGGCCGUGUCUCCUGCGGGAGAAGGAGCUGCUGCUCCGGGACGCUGGGUCUGAGGGCACACCAUACCCCCCGGAAACACCCACCAUCAUGGUCUGACACCUGAUUGUAGCCGAGAGGUUUAUUUUUCUUAUAUAUAUAUGUGCAUAUAUAUAUAUAUAUGUUUGAUGUGAGUACAGACACCCACGCACUUACUUUGCACUGCUGGCAUGAUUAGUUCACGUUCCAGUGCCGUGCAGCAACAUGAGCAUCUAGUUUUAUUCAUCCAAAGACCCAUGAAGGGUCGCCGGGAGUCCAAGGUAAAUAUCUCUGCAUGUAUUUGCAGAAGGUCACAAUAGUACUGAGGAUGUUUUCAUAAACGGCAAUUGGAGGAUUUAAAGGGGAAGCUCACAUAUAUUCAUUUUGGAAUUUAAAAUAUUUAGAUGAGGGGUGUCCAAACGACGGCAGAUUAACGACCACGGAUGUUACGUUGAAGUGUGCACAGCACAGCGUUCACCUAUACGACCCAAUCCAAACAACCUUUCCUAGUCAUAGUGCAGGGGGGAAAAAAGCACACGUGGUCACACAUAGCACAACCUGAUCACUGAACUUUGUGGAUAUUAUAACAAUAGUCCAAGUCACUAUACAUAAUUCAAAAUUACGCCCAUUUAAAGCCACUACAAUGCAUGAUGGGAAAAAUUCAAAACACUACCCGCACUUUUCCAUGUUUGGCACAUUUUAGCUGCUGGAUAUUUCUGAAUGAUUGCAAAACCUUAAGGAGGUUGUAAAGUACACAAGGUGGGAGUUGAACUUUCACACUCUUAAUAUCCAAUUAUGUUAAUCAUUACUUAUAUAUUCAUUAUAGUAAUAUAAUAUAUGUGUGUGUGUGUGUGUG